ACCUCUUCUUCUUCCUCCUCCAGGGGCGUAAAACACAGUCUACAAUGGCUUCAAAGAGAGUUAUGGCUCAGGCUUCUCUGCUUCUGAUGGUUGCCUUCCUUCGAUUCUCCCAUGCAGCUGUUUACAAGGUUGGAGACUCCGCUGGUUGGACCACCAUUGGCAAUAUUGACUACAAGCAGUGGGCUGCUACUAAAACCUUCAAACUUGGCGACAUUAUUAUUUUCGAGUACAAUGCUCAGUUCCACAAUGUGAUGCGAGUAACCCAUCCGAUGUACAGGGCCUGCAAUACCUCAGCCCCUUUGGCUACAUAUACCACUGGCAAUGACUCCAUUAAUAUAAGUACCAAAGGUCACCACUUCUUUUUCUGUGGCGUUCCUGGACACUGCCAAGCUGGACAGAAAGUAGACAUCAACGUGCUUCGUAUCUCCGAAACAGCUCCGGCCUCGGCUCCCUCUGAACCGACCACCGCUACUUCAGUUCCUUCGGUGAGUGUCCCAUCACCCUCGGCAAGCACCGCUAUCUCUCUGAAAGCUUCCAGGGGGAGUUUUGCUAAACUUUGUUUAGCAAUGGUAGGUUUUGUAGUUUUUUUAAGUUUCCACUGAACCAUGUUGUUAGUGUGAUUAUUACAAUAAUCAAUUGUAUUAGUCAGUUGUGAAGGAA